AAGACAGUUGUUGCAGUUUUUGCAAUAACAUGAAUAGAACUUCCUUAUAAUUCAUUGCAUGCGUUUCCUGGAACAAAUUCUCUUUUUUUGAAUCCUGCAGGCGGAAAUUUGCAAGAACACUCCAGGGCGAAAGAUGGGAUACAUGACAGUAGAGGAGCAGAGCUCCACUCUGCUCCACCUGAAGAGGUCCCCGGGCAUUCGAUCAUGGUCUCUUCUUGUCGGUAUAGCAUCUGUUGGGUUGGCAGCUGCAUACUACAGCUCAGACAGCAUUCCGUGGAAGCUUUUCUACGUCGCCGGCUGUCUGUUUGUGGCCAUACAGAACAUGGAGGAAUGGGAGGAGGCCGUGUUUGACAAAAGCAAGAACCUGAUUGAGCUCAAGACCAUUAGCCUGUACGCUUCAGUCCUGACGUUGUGGAAGAAGGGGCAGGAGAAAGUUGUGUUGGAUCUGACACAGCUGUGUGAUAUUUGCGUCCAAGAGGAGAGGGUACGCUAUCUGGGGAAAGGUUACCUGCUGAUGCUGCGGCUGGCUGCAGGCUUCUCCUACCCCCUCACUCAGAGUGCCACACUCGCGGGACGCGGUGAUGUGGAGGCAGUGGCUGCUUUGCUGAAGCGCUUCUUAGGGCUGGAGGAGCUGCAGCAACGCAGGCAGCAGGAGGAAGAAGAAGAGUACGGAGAGAAAGAAGAUUCUUUGGACAACAGCAGUGAUUCGGAUGAUGAAGCUGAUGAAGCUGAUGAACUCUGAUCUCUGUGACUCGCAACCUUACUAACUAACUGUGGGUGGAUUGAGUUGGGGGCAUUCUGGCGUUGCUGCGGCACUACAGAGGGUGUGGUUUUCGUGAUGCCUUUAUUACAUGUUAUACUGUAAGCAUGUGCAUGUAAUACCAAGGAUAUAACCUUUUUAUAUGUGUCCUUUCUGUUUUGUUUUUUUUAUAUGUGAGGUAAAGUUAUAACAGCCAAGGGAGACUACAGUAGACCUUUUUUUUUUCAUGUGAACUGUGAUGGAAAAAUCAUCCACUUACAUUUUUUGUCAUGCAAAUAUUCAAUGGAGUGGAGAGACAGAGACUUCUUCUUUCACUGCACUGUAAAUGUCACUCUGUUAAAGAAACUCAUGUCUGUGAGUCUGAUCUAAUUACUGUUUGAGAAUCCACUCCAGAUUACAGAUUUACUGUGCCUUCCUACUGAACUCUAAUAAGUGUUUAUGUGUGUAUGUGUAAAUCGGUGGAAAGUACUUUUUCCCACAGUUUUCUGGACCACCCAGCUGUCACUCACCUUUUUGCAUGUUUAUUCAUACACAGGCCACAAUCCGGAUGAAUGCAUGUGCAAACUGUAAUCAAGCGUAAUCAAGGCAUAAAGUACUUUCAUGGCUCGAUCAAGACUGAAUUAUGUGUGAAAUACUUUGGCCUGUUGCUGUUCUGUCUUUUAACAUUUUACUUUUUGUGAACCAAAGACUGAAUCUCAGGUAAACACUUGGGUGCUUUUGUCAAACUACUUUUGUUGUUGAAGUGUAUUGAAUCAGGCCGUUUCGCCAGUGGCAGAUGGUAAACGUCAGAGUGUGCUGCUUGAAGG